GCACUGACCAGUGACGACAGCCACCACACCAGUACCACGAUGGAGGCAGAGAAGGUGCUACUCGCUCUGGCCGUGUGCUCGCUCUUGGUCAUCCUCUCCAAGAAGCUCAAACAAGGAUUAACGAAGCCCGAGCUCAAGCUGCCGCCUGGCCCAUGGACGCUGCCGCUGCUGGGCAGCGUGCACCACCUGGUGAGCAGCCAGGGCGGCAUGUACCGCGCCAUGAGCGUGCUCUCGGAGAAGCACGGGCCCCUGAUGCAGCUGUGGCUGGGCGAGGUGCCCACGGUGGUGGCCUCGUCGCCGGAGGCCGCGCGGGAGAUCCUCAAGACGUCCGACCUGACCUUCGCCACGCGUCACCUCAACGCCACGACCCGGACGGCCACCUUCGACGCCAGCGACCUCGUCUUCGCGCCCUACGGCGACCGCUGGCGCCAGCUCCGCAAGAUCUGCGUGCUGGAGCUGCUCAGCGUGGCCCGCGUGCAGGCGCUCCGCCGCGUCCGGGAGGAGGAGGCCGCGCUCCUCGUGGCGCGCAUCGCCGCGUCCGCGUCCAGCGGCGAGCCCGUGUGCCUGACGAGGAGCAUCGCCAACUUCAUCAAUGAUACCAUCGUGAGGGAGUCCAUCGGCGCGCGGUGCAAGUACCAGGACGAGUAUCUCAGGGCAUUCGACACGCUGGUCCGCCAGACGUCCUCGCUCACGGCCGCCGACCUGUUCCCGUCGUCCAGGAUCAUGCAGGCGCUCGGCGCCGCGCCACGCAACGCCAGAGUCUGCCGGGACGAGAUGGAGCGCAUCAUCGAGCAGAUCAUCAAAGAGCGGCUGGAAGAAAAGGCCGCCGAAAAGGACGACGACGGCUCCGAAAAAGCUCACGGUAGUGGGGACUUCCUCGACGUCAUGCUCCGGCUCCAGAAGCAGAACGGCUCCAUCACCAACCGCGACAUCCUCAUCCUCCUCUUCGAUAUGUUUGGGGCCGGCAGCGAGACGUCGUCGACGACGCUGAACUGGACGAUGGCGGAGCUGAUGCGGACGCCGAGGGUGAUGGCGAAGGCGCAGGCGGAGCUCCGGGACGCCUUCCAGGGCAAGACAAGCAUCACGGAGGAGGACGUGGCCAAGCUGAGCUACCUGAAGCUGGUGCUCAAGGAAGCGCUCCGGCUCCACUGCCCGCUGCCGCUCCUCCUGCCACGGGAGUGCCGGGAGAGCUGCACGGUGAUGGGGUACGACGUGCCCAAGGGCACGGCGGUGCUGGUGAACGCGUGGGCCAUCUGCAGGGACCCCAAGGUGUGGGACCGGCCCGAGGAGUUCAGGCCGGAGCGGUUCGAGGCCGACGGCGCCGUCGACUUCAAGGGGACCAACUACGAGUUCCUGCCGUUCGGGUCCGGGAGACGGAUGUGCCCGGGUGCCAACCUCGGGAUCGCCAACAUGGAGGUCGCGCUCGCCAGCCUCCUCUACCACUUUGACUGGAAGCUGCCGGACGGUGCCAGGGCGGAGGACAUGGACAUGUCGGAGGCGGCCGGGAUGGUCGCCAGCAAACGCGCCAAGCUCUAUCUCUGCCCCACCGUUCGGGUUGCUCCCGGGCCCGGGCCCUGCAGUGCGUGAGUGUGGAAUUCCAUUUCCAUUCCACAUGAUGGUGUUCAAUAAUGUGUGGGUGCAUAUUGGAACUUGGAACUGCCCGACCAGCUGGACUUUCUGAAAUCGGGUCCGGCAGACGAUAGAGGUUGGCCACGCGCCCACGCCGGACUUGCGGGAAAAUAGCGUGUGACAGUGACUUGUCAUCGAUGGCUUGGAUUGGAUAUGCAUUUAUGUUUCUGUUUUCCUACAUGUGUUUGUAGUUUGUACGUACUAUGUCCUGAACCUGAGGAAAAGUCAUUAUUCUUGAGCCAAAA